AUGUGGAUGAGUCCUAGUGGGUGUGCAAAGGCAAAGAAUGACCUACCCACUGGUAAACCAGUGGGUAGGUCGAUUGGGAAGCGCGGCAAGAAUGAGAGCAAGUAUGAUGUGUUGAGAGAAGUGUGGAAGAGUGUGGCUGUGCCAUGUAUAAUAGGGGGGCAGGGUGUGUUUGUCCUGUACAUCACCUAUCUAGCACGGCCUGGCUCGUCUCUCUUCUCCUGGCACCCGUUCCUCAUGUCCCUGGCAGUCACACAGUUCACAGGAUUGAUGGCAGAGGCUGUGUCGCUCUUCACCAAGUACAGUUUGGCCACGGGACGUCCCCACAGCACCAGGGUUACAGCACACUGGGUCCUGUUGGCAGCAGCGGCAAUAGCUCAUGGUCUUGGCUACGCUGCUAUCUACUACACCAAAGAGAGCAAGAAUAAGCCACAUUUGACCUCCUGGCAUGGAUCACUAGGCUUCGUCACCUCUCUCGUGCUGUGGACCCAAGUUAGUGUUGGGGUUUUCGCGAAAUACCCAAAGGUUCUCGAGAGAUUUGUGUCUUUAAGGGCGCUCAGGGAGGGACAUUCACUCUCUGGCUCCCUGUGUUUUGUCCUUGGUGUGGUGACUGUGUGUGUGUCCCUGUGGAGUGACUGGUUCCAGAGUAAUGCAGGGAUGUGGGCUGUGUAUCCUGUGGUAGCCUUGCAUGUGUUUCUCCUGUGUGCUGUUUUAAAGAGGCACGUUACCAGAUAUGUGUGGGCUGGCAAGUAAAGGGUGAUUUUCUGGUUUGUUUAUCUUGUAUUAAGUCAGCCAGUUAAUUAGUUAUAAGUCAUUUUCCCCUUUAAUCACUGAAACCAAUUAGUAUAACAACUUCCAUUACACUGUGGGUCCAUUAGAGACUGUAAACAAACCAGCCAUUCCAUUUUUCUAUACUUUGUACACAUUCCAUUUUCUAAACCUUGUGUGCCUAGAAAUAUCAAUACGACUCUAGUUUUCUAAUGGUAAUAUAAUCAAACCUUUUUUUUCUCUAGCUAGGAUGCAGUAACAGGAGCAAUAGCACAAUACAUUAUUUUGCCUGGUGUGGAAGGAGUGGAGUGCAGUGUUGGGUGUGUUGCAGGUGCUCUCAGUGUGACAAAAACAGCAUUUCUAAUUAUCUGUACCUGUGUGGCUUGUUUUCUAAGGACCUCACAGUAGAGAGAUGGGUGAAUUGAGUGCUCAGAAACUUUCACUACCAUAUCUAGCUGAAUUGUAAGUAAAAAUAACAAAUGUAGAUAUUCAUGAGUAAAUUUGUGGUUUGACUUAUUAAAUCUGGGUGAACAAUACAGAAAAAUAACAUCUGUAUCUCAAAUGGCAGCUUUUUCUUGUUUGUUUUGCUACUUAUUGGAUUUUAUUUAAUGUUAUUUGACAAAACGGCAUUUCUGAUUGUCUGUACCUGUGUGAGUUAUUUUCCAAGAGCCUCACAGUAGAGUAGACGGGUGAAUUGAGUGCUCAGAAACUUUGACCCACCAUAUCUAGCUGAACAAUAAGUAAAAAUAAUAAAUGUAGGUUUUUAUGAGUAAAUUUCUGGUUCGGUUAAAAAAAUCUGGGUGAACGGUACACGUUUAUUGAAAUGUAAGCCAAGGAAUUAAUUUUCACUCAUUUCUUGUUCAGCAUUUGGCCAAAUUUCACACAAACUGAGUCAUUCUAGUGCAUUAAGAAGUCCAUUUCAUUAAUUCAACAUCCCAUUCACUGUAGGUUGACAAAUACAGUCACUAUAGAAAUAUAUCCUUUAUUAAUAAUUUACACAAACCACAAUAGAAACUCCUUGUAUAGAAAACUUGGGCCAAAACAGUGCCACACUUAACAGCAACUCAGGCAGACCACUCUCUCUUCCUGCAGGUACCUGUGGGGAGAGGGAGAGGUCAGAGUCAGUGGGUGCUGGACAGGUAUUCGGAAAUGUGCCCUCUCUCUCUCUCUCUCUCUCUCUCUCUCUCUCUCUCUCUCUCUCUCUCUCUCUCUCUCUCUCUCUCUCUCUCUCUCUCUCUCUCUCUCUCUCUCUCUCUCCUGUUAAUAGUGUGAUAAGCUUGUUAAUCUGUCACUAGAAUUGUAAAAACACCCUUAAAAACCUGUGUCACUUCAACUAGAGCCUUUGGAAUGUAGUAAGAGAGAGUUAAUAAUAUAUUUUCAAGAAGAUGUAUGCUAUUUUUGUGGAUGCCUAAGUAAAUAAAAUAAAUCAAACAAA